AUGGUCGAACCUAAUGUGCCAGAUGUUAAUGUCAUGGGAAGUGUUACUGGUAACAAUGAUGUGUUUACUAUGGUUGUUUUUGAAAGGGAGAUCCAGAACAUAAAGACCUACAUGUAUGCUAACUAUACCAAUCAUCACUUUAGUUUGGUGAUCUUGUAUGACACAUUUAUCAUGACAUCAAGAACGAGAGACAUUAAGGGAGUAGCUAGAUUUUCAUUUGCGUGCAGGGAUAAGAAGUUAUGCAUUGUUUAG